AUGUGCGGAGCAGGCAACAGCUCCAGGCGUCUGCCCCAGGCGUCUGCCCCAGGCGUCUGCCCCAGGUGUCAGCCCCAGGUGUCAGCCCCAUGCAUCUGCCCCAGGCGUAUGUCCCAGGCGUCAGAUCCAGGUAUCUGCCCCAGGCGUCUGCCCCAGGCGUCAGUCCCAGGCGUCAGUCCCAGGCGUCAGUCCCAGGCGUCUGCCCCAGGCGUCAGCCCCAGGCGUCAGCCCCAGGCGUCAGCCCCAGGCGUUAGUCCCAGGCGUCAGCCCCAGGCGUCAGUCCCAGGCGUCAGUCCCAGGCGUCAGUCCCAGGCUACUGCCCCAGGCGUCAGUCCCAGGCGUCAAUCCCAGGCGUCAAUCCCAGGCGUCAGCCCCAGGCGUCUGCCCCAGGCGUCAGUCCCAGGCUACUGCCCCAGGCGUCAGUCCCAGGCGUCAAUCCCAGGCGUCAAUCCCAGGCGUCAGCCCCAGGCGUCUGCCCCAGGCGUCUGCCCCAGGCGUCAGUCCCAGGCGUCAAUCCCAGGCGUCAAUCCCAGGCUACUGCCCCAGGCGUCAGUCCCAGGCGUCUGCCCCAGGCGUCAGUCCCAGGCGUCAGUCCCAGGCUACUGCCCCAGGCGUCAGUCCCAGGCGUCAAUCCCAGGCGUCAAUCCCAGGUUGGAGCUGAAGUUCAAUCUGGACCAGUAUGUGAACAAGCGUUACCCAGGUCUGGUGAAGAUCGUCCGCAACAGUAAGAGGGAAGGCCUGAUCAGAGCCAGGAUACACGGUUGGAAUGCUGCAACCGCCCCGGUUGUAGGUUUCUUUGAUGCCCAUGUAGAGUUCAACACUGCCUGGGCGGAGCCUAUCCUGACCAGGGUGAAGGAGGACCACACCCGGAUCAUCCUCCCGGCCAUCGACAACAUCAAGUUCAACACAUUUGAGGUGCAGCAGUACGCCAAUGCGGCCCACGGCUACAACUGGGGCCUGUGGUGCAUGUACAUCAUCCCCCCUCAGGAGUGGCUGGACAAGGGCGAUGAGACAGCUCCCAUCAGGACACCAGCUAUGAUCGGCUGCUCCUUUGUGGUGGACAGAGAAUACUUUAGUGAGAUCGGCCUCCUCGAUCCUGGCAUGGAAGUCUAUGGAGGCGAGAACAUUGAGCUUGGCAUGCGCGUGUGGCAGUGUGGGGGGAGCAUGGAGGUGCUUCCCUGCGCCAGAGUGGCGCACAUCGAGCGGACCAAGAAGCCAUACAACAAUGACAUUGACUACUAUGCCAAAAGGAACGCCCUGCGGGCCGCCGAGGUCUGGAUGGAUGAGUACAGGUCCCACGUCUACAUGGCCUGGAACAUCCCCAUGAAUAACCCUGGGGUUGACUAUGGGGACGUGUCUGAGCGGGUGGCCUUGAGGAAGAGGCUGCAGUGUCGGAGCUUCCGCUGGUACCUGGAGAAUGUCUACCCAGAGAUGCGCAUCUACAACAACACCAUCACAUAUGGGGAGGUCAGAAACAGUAAGGCCAGUGGCUACUGUCUGGACCAGGGAUCAGAGGACGAUGACAAAGCCAUCCUCUAUCCCUGCCACGGGAUGUCCUCACAGCUUGCCCGUUACUCAACAGAGGGGCUUCUACAACUAGGACCUCUAGGGUCAACCACCUUUCUGCCUGACACCAAAUGUCUCAUCGACGACGGAAGAGGGCGCACGCCCAGCUUGAAAAAAUGUGACUCUGUUUCGCGGGUUUCCCAGAGGCUGUGGGAUUUUACACAGAAUGGUCCAAUCAUCAGCAGGGACACUGGACGGUGCAUGGAGGUGGAGAUGUCCAAAGAUGCCAACUUCGGCCUUCGAUUGGUGGUGCAGAGGUGUUCUGGUCAAAAGUGGAUGAUACGGAACUGGAUAAAGCAUCCGAAGCAUUGAGGCAAGACAUUUCCUCUGAGAAAAGAAUACCAUUUCAGUCUUGGAGGGCAAACCCAUGGACAGCAGUCUGAGAGCAUUCCAUAUGAGAUAGCUAUAGGCCCUGGGACUGAUGAGAUGAGUAGUUCACAGUUUGUGGACUCUUCUAUGGACUGUGUGCACUGUGCCCUCCCCUUAGGGCAUAGAGCUUUCAACUGCUGAAUCUUUAGAAGAAGAUAUGUUUUCAGCUGAGCUGGGGGUCAAACAUGGAGAGCAUACCAUAGGCCUACAGCGAGCUAUACAGUACUGUUUGAAAUGCUUUUUUUUACAGAACAUCCACCUAUGUAGAAAAUUAAUAAUAAGACAAUGGAAUUCAACUCCUAAGGGGGUUCAACACUGACAAUGACAAGCAAUGUGUAUUUGGUAUAAAGCCAAUCCCAGGAAUCUUUGCAGAUCAAAAUAUGAAAUUGCUUAUUAGUCACCAUAUCAACUUGUAAUUACUUCAGGCUAUCAUUUGGAGAAUUUCAUUGGACAUUUCGCUAUCCUGUUAAAGAGAUUUAAUAUGUUUCAAAAAGCUGUUCAUCCUCCCGAUGAACUGAUCAGGAUGCAAAGCAACUACUGUUCUCACAAAUACAAAAGGAUAUCCAUUUCUCUUUUUCUUUUUGGCUGUAUUGCUCGCCACUGAUUAUCAGAGCAAUAACGUGCCUUUUCCCAUCCUUAUGAGUCAUCUGACCAGGGAAUGUCAAUUCCACAAGCAUGUACAAAUUAGUUUAAAGUAAUUAAUAUAUAAACCAGCGUAAAAAUGGCUAAAUAAUAGUAAUGUUGUAAAAUUGAUAUUAGUCCAAGAACAGUUAAGAUAAUAAAAAUGUUUAUGACCCAGGAGUACAUUUUGUAAAACUGGAUUCAUUCAAGAAUUCUAGAUUAUUCACAGAGCAAGGUAGUGUAUAUAUUGGAACAUUCCAAGAUUUCUAAAGAUGUUCCUUACUCACAAUGCUGUUCACUGCAUGUUACAUGGAAGCCCGGGCCUAUUUUUACAGAUGUAAAGACAGAUGCUGGUGGUUGUUUUACACUGACAGCGAGCACAAUUAUCUGCCUUUGUUGUGUUUCCACUUAGUCUCCUACUGGAUACUGGCCUCAACUCUCUAAUCAUUAAAACCCACCCACAGGAUAGCAUGUUUUCACAAAGUACUGAAAGCUUUCCAAUUUAUUAUGCUCAGCAAGAAACUUUUUCCCCACUGUAUUUUCUGAUGCCCGGCCAACUUUGAAGAUAAAUAAUUCUUCUCUAAACCUUUUUGGUACCAUAUUUUGUGCCUCAUUCAUUCUAAUGAAUGGUCAAAAUGUAGAAAUGCAAAUGACAUUUUCUUGACAAGUGAAUUAUAUUUUUUAAAUCUGUUGUCACAUUUGCUAGAAUAAAUGUCGGACCAAGGCGCAGCAGAUGUUGAGUUCCACAUUUUAAUGAUAAAGUGAAACUUAAGACAAAAAUAAACAACAAACUGUGUCUACAGAGGUGCCACAUGCACUAACUCAAAACAAUAUCCCAUAAACAAAAGUGGGAAAAACAGAUACUUAACCCAUUUAAUCCUGAAUUUUUCCAAGACAUGAAAAUAUCCAAAUCAAGUGUUAUUAGUAACCCUUUGAAGUAAUCAAUCAUUAUGGAAAAAUAGGUGAAAAGUUGUGUUUUAUGGUCGGUCACAAUUGUGACCGGUGGGAUAAUGUCACAUAUGCUAAAUUAACAUAUUUCUCCUAUGCUAUUAUCAAAGUUCUUAUAAAUCCCAACCCAGUUAUUAACACAUUUAAAACUGUCCCUGGCAGUCCCAGGUAUUGCCUCUAGAAUGCCCCGUCACAUUCUAGUGUGACUAUUUUACACAUCAAAGACCCUUAUACAACACCAUAUGAAUAAUGAGAGCAAAGACAAAAAAACAACCAUCAACAUAUUUCAAUAUUGUAACAUACAUUGUAACAUUGUUACUUUAGUACAAUAUUAAUUGAAACAUUAAUAUUGUAACAUUUGAACAUGCACUUUAGUGUAACAUUGUCAGUGACAUUUUAGUGCAACAUUCACUAACAACUGAAUAGCAGUCCUGUGAUUCAUUCCCACUGAACAUAAAGGUAACAUUUAGGAGAGGUAGCCUGUAGAAUAUGCAUUCAAGUAGAGGCCUACACUAAACAAAAUACAAUUACACACAUAUAUAUAUAUAAAUAAAAAGCACCACUGCACAAUGAGUGCAUAUAUAUAUAUAUAUAUAUACACACAGUGGGAACAAGUAUUUGAUA